AUGAGGAAUACGGAAAGUAGUCGGAAGCAACACGGUAACGAAGACUUAUCCGCCAUCAAUGCAACCAUCGCUGUCGGCCUCGACCCGCGCAUCCUCUCGCCACCUCCCGCACCAUCCGGGACCACGACCCCAACCGGAGGCUUCGACCACCCCCACCCGCUGCGCUCCAACCCUGUCACGCUCGCAGAUCGCGCUCGAGGGAUCGCGGCCAACGUCACCCGGUCCUGCGAUGAGGUGCUGGGGAGUUUGAUACUCGAACUUGGGGAACUGGGGAGAACAGAACUGACGGAGCAAGGGUGGAAGGUGUGUGAUGAUAUGAAGCGCCUGGCCGGCCUGCUGCGCCAGUUUGCGGAUAUGGAGGAGCGCCGUUUGUGA